AUGUCCGCCGCCAAAGCCAAGGCCCAGAGCCUGAUCAACGAGAACGCCGUCAUCGUCUUUUCCAAGUCUUAUUGCCCGUACUGCAAGUCUAGCAAGGAUUUGCUGAACAAGAUCGGUGCCAAGUAUAAGUUGCUGGAGCUUGAUGAGUUGGAGGACGGCGCCGAUAUCCAAAGGGCGCUCGAGGAGAUUUCCAACCAGCGCACCGUGCCCAACAUCUUUAUCAAGCAGAAGCACAUUGGUGGAAACUCGGACCUGCAGGCUAUUGCCAGCAAGCUUCCUGAGAUGUUGAAGGAUGCUGGUGCUGUUUGA